AGCGCUUUAAAGAUAAUCGGACGUUACGUUGACUACGAUGGCACGUACUAAGCAGACUGCUCGCAAAUCGACAGGAGGAAAAGCUCCUCGCAAACAGCUCGCUACUAAAGCCGCAAGAAAGAGCGCCCCAGCUACCGGUGGCGUGAAGAAGCCUCAUCGUUAUAGGCCCGGUACUGUGGCCCUUCGCGAGAUUCGUCGUUAUCAAAAAAGUACGGAAUUGUUGAUCCGUAAAUUACCGUUCCAACGACUCGUUCGCGAGAUCGCUCAAGAUUUUAAGACUGAUUUACGUUUCCAAAGUUCCGCUGUAAUGGCUCUCCAGGAAGCUAGCGAAGCAUAUCUCGUAGGAUUGUUUGAAGACACCAAUUUAUGCGCUAUUCAUGCUAAGCGCGUCACUAUCAUGCCUAAAGAUAUCCAAUUGGCACGUCGCAUUCGUGGCGAGCGAGCUUAAAUGCUUAAAAUUAAUAAACAAUCGGCCCUUUUCAGG